UGCUGGGGUAGCUCUUCGGGAAGUUCUCAGAGGUAGUCCUCUGACAUAACUUUCGGGGGUAGCCUUUCAUGGUAAUCCCACAGGGUAGUCCAUCGGGGUAAUCCUUCAGAGUAAUCCCUUCGGGUAAUCCCUUGGGGUAAUCCCUUGGGGUAAUCCUUAGGGGUUAGCUCUCUGAGAAAGCAGUCUGGGAUAGCCCUCUAAGGUAACCCUCUGGGAUAGCCCUCUGGGGUAGCCCUCUGAGGUAGCCCUCUGGGAUAGCCCUCUGAGAUAGCCCUCUGGGAUAGCCCUCUGGGAUAUCCCUCUGGGAUAGCCCUCUGGGAUAGCCCUCUGGGAUAGCCCUCUGAGGUAGCCCUCUGGGAUAGCCCUCUGAGAUAGCCCUCUGGGAUAUCCCUCUGGGAUAGCCCUCUGGGAUAGCCCUCUGGGGUAGCCCUCUGAGGUAGCCCUCUGGGAUAGCCCUCUGGGAUAGCCCUCUGGGAUAGCCCUCUGGGAUAGCCCUCUGGGAUAGCCCUCUAAGGUAGCCCUCUGAGUGCUUCAACCCAAAAUAUAUCUCACUUAUGAAUCCAAUUGUUAAUGGUUUAAGCCAUCACAACAUUUCUCUAAGCCACAUGCCUAAUGCUUGCAGACCCUUCGACUCGCCGCUGGCCAUACAAAUAGCCAAACGCAGGGUUGAGGAGGAGUAUGCGGUUGUGGGCACCUGGGAGGAGACAAACAUAACCCUAACCGUGCUGGAACACUAUAUACCCCGAUACUUUGCGCGUGCCACAAAGCUAUAUCCAUUGUAUCAGAAAUCGCUACAGAAUCGCAAUCGUAACAACCGAAAGCCGAAAGUCGAUGCAGACGUUAAGGCUAUGGUCAGGCGUAAUUUUACCCACGAAUAUGAUUUCUACUAUUUCUGCAAGCAGCGUCUCUUUAAGCAGUACAUAGCUCUAAAGCGAGCUGAGCUGGAGCGACUCAAUUUUGAUUAGAUCCGAGGGAGUAAUCUUAUAGCAAGCAAUUACAGCGUUUAUCUCAGGAAAUCCAAAGUUAUAUAUAUAAAAACAUAUGCAUAUUUUGACCUACAAAUAAAAGACUUUUGAUUGUUAACACAAAAUAUUUUAUAUAAGUUUUCUAUACCCUGCAUCUAUUGAAUGUGGAAAAUCAGUGAAUUGUUUCUUAAAUAUAUUUAUAUAUUAUUUCGAUAAAAAUAUAAAUGUAUAUGUAUUAUCGCUGUGUCAGUUAGCAGAAGUCGUGCCUAUGCUUAUCUGUGUUUGUGUGUGUGCAAGUAUUUUUUGUUAUACAUGCAGAAUAGCAGCUGAAAAUAUUUGCAAUUUCAGCUCUUCGCAAGGUUCAGAUUAUCUCUUAGUCGAACAGUCCCACCUGGAGUCUAGUUUCAUUGCACAUUUUAUUUGUGACUCACCCUAUGCUUAAUCGCAGUUAUCUGUGUUGUGUUGGGCCUACAAUUAUCGAAAGCUAUAUCUAGCAACCGAAUG